UCUUACACAAUCACUCCCACAUGACCUGGAAUUCCUGCUGCUACCUUUCUUGAUACAAUACCUGUGUCAGUAGUGUCAGGUGUCAUCGGGAGUGUGAGGUGCUUCACUGAUGAUAAGAGAGAGAGAGAGGAGGAGGGGUAUAGCAGGGAAGAUAAGCUAUCAGAGUGGCUGAGGGUCAUUAUCUUUACCAUUAUCUAGUUCACCAGCAUGAGAUGAGUCUGCCACACUCUACACACCACCACACUGCCUUCUGCCUGCACCACCUCACCUCCUCUAUUAUUGUUAGGGUGACUGGAUGCCAAGGAAUUGAGUGUAUGUGUGUGUGGCUGUGUGUAUGGAUGGACAGAGUGUUUAGGUGUGCAGGACAGUACUAAGGUGUUGGUUAAUUAGUUCAGACAAGAGGUGUACAUAUGUGUGUGUGUGUGUGUGUGUGUAGUAACAAAUAUCCUGAAAUACUUGAGUGUGGUAGGUAGUGUUGCUUAUUGAGGAUAGGAACUGGUAAAAUCCACAUUUAAAGCUAAUAUUCUGGAGUGUGUUGGAGUGAUAGUUAAUGUUGGGAGUGUAUGCAUGGCAGUUAAUGUUAAGAAUGUGUGUAUGUCAGUAUAGUGUGGCAUUGGAGAGAAGGUGAUUAGGUUAGGUCAGGUUAGGUGUGGGUGUAUUCGUCAGGAUGGCAGUUGGAAGGAAGAGUGUGGUGGUGGUGGCCGCUGUAAUCUGUGCAGGAUUGCUCUACAAGUUGCUGUUCGGCAAUGGUUUUGACUUCAUUGAUGCCAGACAAGCCAUGGCGCUCCCAGUCACGCCAGCCACUGAGGUCGUCCCCUACAAGCAGGACUUGUACAUUGGCCUGGGCAUGUCCAUCUCCUCCUCUGUGUUCAUAGGAGGCAGCUUCAUCCUCAAGAAGAAGUCCCUGCUGGCCCUUGGGAAGUCUGGUGGGGUGAGGGCAGGGGCGGGAGGGUUUGGCUACCUCAGGCACUGGUUGUGGUGGGCGGGUCUUCUCUCCAUGGGCUUUGGGGAGGCACUCAAUUUUGUGGCCUAUGCAUUUGCCCCUGCCACGCUGGUCACGCCCCUUGGAGCUCUGUCUGUUAUCGUCACUGCGCUCUUCUCGCAGUACUUCCUUGGCGAGGCACUUAAUGUGUUAGGCAAGAUUGGGUGUUCCCUGUGCCUGUUGGGAGCAACAGUGGUGGUGAUACAUGCCCCCAAGGAAGCAGAGGUCACCAGCAUGGAGGAACUGGCCAACAAACUGGUGGAUCCUGUGUUCCUGGUGUAUGUGGCGGCGGUGGUGGCAGCCGCCCUGCUGCUCAUCCUGCACUUUGGGCCCCGGCAAGGCUCCAGGAACGUCACCAUCUACAUUGCCAUCUGCUCCCUCAUUGGUGGCUUCUCUGUGCUGGGGUGCAAGGCCAUCGGUCUGGCUGUCAAGGAAACAAUUAACGGCAGCAAUGAAUUUCGGAACUGGAUCACGUGGCUGGCCGUGUUCAGCCUGAUAGUGUGUGUCAGCACCCAGAUGAACUACCUGAACAAAGCACUGGACAUCUUCAACACCUCACUCGUCACACCAGUCUACUACGUCUUCUUCACGGCCUGCGUCAUCCUUUCCUCGGCAAUGCUUUUCAAGGAAUGGAAGGGACUGCCGGCCACAGAUGUAAUUGGCGUGUUGUCGGGAUUCUUCACUGUGGUCAUUGGCAUCUUCAUCCUUCAUGCCUUCAAGGACAUGGAUGUGACAUGGAUGGGGAUGUCGGCAAUGCUACAGGCGGGGGACGGGCGGCGCGGCGGGACCAGUGAGCUGCUGGACCAGACGGACAGCUCGCCCGACCACCUGAGCUCUCUGGUGGAGGAGGAGGAGGGUCUCAUCACGUCAGAACCGCUCUCCUAUGGCUCAAACAAGCGGGCAUACUGAGGCCUGGCCGGACCCUCGCUGGUUCCUGUCCCCUUCACCGACACUGGCUGGUGGAGGGGUGAGUGUAUGUGUGUCUGUGUGUCCGGGAACUUCUGCCAGUGAUGACUUUCUGGGUCUGAGAAAAGUGAAAGUUUAAACCCUUGCCUCUUCUUGUCUCCCUCACUGGUGGUGGCUGGUAGGGGGAGGGGCAAGUAUGUUGGGUCAAUGAAUAGCUGGAGUGAUUCAGGGUCAAGAAGACAGUGAGAGAGUGAUGACUUCUGGAGUGAUUCAGGGUCAAGAAGACAGUGAGAGAGUUUGGAAAUGGUUUGUUCAUAUCCUCUUCAGUGGUGGUGACUGUGUUUGUUUGUAGAGCUGUUCUCAGAUCUAACUUGUUUUUGCUAAGAGGAAUGCAUUGUUAAUAGAGGCAGUGUUAUGAAGGCAUUGUUGUAAUCGACAAGGGUGAGAAAGGAAUAUUUGAAAAAGAAGACAAGCAAGAAGUAACUGAAGUAUUACCACAGAGGAAGUUUGUGUUAUGAAAGCAAUGGUGCAGUUGAUAAAGGAAGAUUUGAAGGGAACAAAGCAAGACUGAACAGUGAAUCAAGCAUUAAGUCAGAGGAGUCUUGGGUAUGUAGAAACCGUGUCUUUCCUUUGAGUUUUGAAAUCUUUUAUACUGAAAUUUUGCUUGUAAGAAUGAUGGUAUUGAGGG